CAUUUUUGUCGACAAUCGACGCUAGUCGAUAUAGUCAUCGAUACUCAAUGUCUGUCGAUGCAUAAUUGAGGCGUUUCACGUGUGCUGUGUAUGUGGCUGUUUCCGUGGAUAUCGUGCUGCGUAAUAACUUUUUUCGAAGCAGGAAGGAUUUACGGCUGAUAGCUCGCUGUAAUCGGACGGACUGGUUGAGUUUAUUUAAAUUCACGAUCGUCGAGAACCGACGAAGAACAAAUUACCGCAGAGUGCAAAGUUCUUGACGAAGUCCGACAGAAAAUUACUGCAAAAUGGCAAACAAUCGUUUGGAUAUAGUGGUAUUUGGUGCCACUGGAUAUACAGGAAAAUAUGCAGUAAAGGCAACAGAACGUUUCUGCAAGGAGCAUAAUAUGAAGUUUGGCAUUGCUGGUCGCAGGAAGGAAGCUUUAGAAACUAUUAUUAAGGAACUUAAAACAGAUAUUGAGGUGCCUAUUAUUCUGGCUGAUGUAAAAGAUGAGGAAUCUCUCAAGAAAAUGACGGAACAAGCAAAGGUAAUUGUCAAUUGUUGUGGUCCAUACAGAUUUUAUGGAGAACCAGUCGUUAAAGCGUGCAUCGCUACUGGUACACAUCAAGUCGAUGUCACUGGUGAACCACAGUAUAUGGAUACGAUACGAUUGGAAUAUCACAAAGCAGCGCAAGAGGCUGGUGUUUACAUAGUGAGUGCUUGUGGGUUUGAUAGCAUUCCUGCUGAUUUGGGAAUCAUUUUUGCACAACAGAAUUUUGAAGGAGAGAUCAACAGUAUUGAAACAUACUUAAGUUUCAAAGGAAGCAAAGACGGAGGACCCGGCCUGAAUUAUGGAACUUGGGAGUCCGCGGUGUACGGUGUGGCUCAUUCGAGCGAAUUACGAACAUUGCGUUCGAAAUUGUAUCCUACCAAACUUCCUGAAUUCAGACCAAAAUUGAAAUCAAGGGGUUUAAUGCAUCAAAGUGAUGUAUCUGAAGGAUAUUCAAUGCCAUUUUUGGGCUCCGAUCGUUCCGUCGCUCUUCAUACACAGCGAUUCUUGUAUGAGAAAUACAAAGAGAGACCUGCGCAGGUUCAGACCUACAUCACAUUUCAGUCUUUAUUUACUUUGGUGAGCUUGAUCUUCGUUGGUGCAAUCUUUGGACUCAUGACCCGUACAACUUGGGGCAUUAAUUUACUUCUGAAAUAUCCAGCUAUAUUUUCGGGCGGUUACGUGACCUUUGAAGAUCCGAAGCCGGAGAAGAUGGAAAAGACACGCUUCUCCAUGACGUUUAAAGCUCUCGGCUGGUCCGAAAAAGUGACUGAACCUACUGAUAAACAUACAGAUCCGCCUAAUAAAAAAUUAAUUACCAAAGUUAGCGCUGUUAAUCCUGCAUAUGGUAUGACUACCAUUGCAUUGGUGUUAUCGGCAAUUACAAUCCUUAAGGAAGCUGACAAAAUGCCUGACAACGGCGGAGUACUUUCUCCUGGCGCUGCAUUCGCUAAGACGUCUUUGAUCGAGCAGUUGAAUAAAAAUGAUGUUAAAUUCGAGGUAAUAUCGUCGAGCGACGCAUAAAUGCAUUAAGAUUCCAUGUUUUUAUUGAACAUUUCUUACAUAGAGGUUUGUAACUGACAUAUUUUAUAAUAUGUUUAAUUUUGAUAGUUAUUUUUAGUUGGUUUUGGAGCAAAUGUUUUAUAUAUAUUUAAUAAUGAAGGGAAAACUUUAUAAAACAUGUCUAAAUAUUUAUGAUAAACUAAACAGUAAUUCAUAACUGGGUUAUGAUAACUUCAUAAUAAAUAAAAGCAUCGUGGAUAUGUGAUUUAGUUUAUAAUGUUAAAUCAAAAGAAUCAAAAAUUAAUUGUACUAGUUUAUCUUGAAACAGAAAGUCAAAUAAUUUUUUAAGUAAUUCUCUAUAAUGAGAUUAAAGUAAGAAUUAAAAUUUAUAAUUGAAAAUUUAAUGUUAUUUACUUAAAUCUUAAUUAUUUUAUGAUCAUAUUUUUGAGUUGUUUCUUUUUAAAGCAUUAAGAUAUUGCUUUACAUCUUCUACCAAAGUUAUAUCACUAAAUUUGUUUGUGUUAAUUAAUAUAAUAACUAUUUCGCAUAUUAACUUUUUUUUUUAGUAAUUAAACACUAUAAGUAAAUAUUAUACAUGUCACAGCAGAUGUCAAUCUACACGUGACACACAAUUAGGUCCUACGCACAA